ACUUGUCCGGCACUAGCUAAAUAAGCUCCAUUAUGACUGAGAUAAAGCAGGAUUGCGCAAUUAUGUCGGACUUCCGAACUUCACUCCUUUAUUAUUCGAUGAUAUAUUCUCCGAGCUAGAAUUCCAAUAUUCUGAAUCACUUUCGCUUUCGUAUGAAGUUAGGACCUUUUCGACAAUAUCAAACGUAGGAACGACCACCCCAGCUCCCCACACCGUUUGAUAGAGCUUCCAAGCAACUAGCAGUCUUAUCUUUACCGCUCUCUGUUUGUUUUGUGGGAUUGAGAAUAUAAAUCAUCUGGAGUACUACAAGUUAGAUGAGUAUGCAAACCAUCAUGAGAUGAAGUUAGAGCCACCGUAUGCUGAUUCAAGCAACCUAGGAUAACACUGAGACAAUAUGGGCGGAACAAACUUAGCCUGGCUUUGCUGGGUAUUCAUGCUUUGGAUCCUACAUGGCGUGAACUCUUCGACUGUUCCAAACACUGGCAAUCUUGGAGCAGUAGCAAGUGAAAGCAAGACAUGUAGUGAUAUAGGAACCCAACUUAUCAGGAGAGGUGUAGGUAAUUUCCUAUCCGUGGUUGAUUUGGUACUAAUCACAUGGUUCAGGGAAAUGCCGCCGAUGCUAUGGUUGGCACUACUCUUUGUGUUGGGGUCAUUGGUAAGGCAGUUUCUGACGUUUGAAUUACCUGCCGGUAGUAGACUUACAAAAUUUCAGGAAUGUAUCAUAGUGGUAUAGGUGGAGGUGGUUUUAUGCUUGUGCGUAGCCCAGAUGGAGAAUUCGAAACCAUAGGUCAGGUUCACGAGAGAUCCAUUUUAUCUUCACUUAGCUUACACACAAAUAGACUAUAGAGAGACAGCUCCAGCUGCUGCAUAUCGAGACAUGUAUAAAAAGAAACCCAGAGAAGCUGUUGUUGGUGGAAAUGCCGUUGCUGUUCCUGGUGAUCUUAGGGGACUUGAGUAUCUUCACAAGAAAUACGGAGUAUGUGGAUUUUUGUUUUGAGAUAAGUUAACUAACUUUAACUAGCAACUACCUUGGCAUGCUGUUUGCAAUCCUGCUAUACAUGUCGCCAGAUAUGGAUUCCCUGGUAUGUAAUUUUGCCGAGAUUUUGUAAACAUCACUAACUAGAAUUAGUGACGGAAGAUACAGUUUACUAUAUGAAAGCUGUUUACAACCAAGUUGGAUGGAACUUCCUUCAAGAUGAUCCAAACUGGGCUAUGGAUUUCGCUCCGAACGGCACACUCCUCAAAGUGGGUGAUACAAUGACAAGGAAAAGAUUUGCCAACACGCUAGAGAAGAUUGCCGACAAAGGAGCAUCGGCAUUUUACGAAGGAGAAAUUGCAGAGGCAACCAUCGCAGCCAUAAAGUCCACGAAUGGAAUUAUGACGCUGGCCGAUCUACAAAAUUACGAAGUAAAAAUUCGUAAUCCAAUCAAUAUCACCUACCGCGGCUAUACUCUCCACUCAACCGGUACUCCUUCCGGUGGUUCCAUAGCUCUGAGCAUUCUCAAGACUAUAGAAGGAUAUGACAUGUAUACGGCAUCCGAUUUACUUCUGAACACACAUAGACUCGAUGAAUCCAUGCGUUUUUCAUAUGCCGCGCACUCCGAGCUGGGAGACCCGUCAAUUUUUGCCGAGAUGGAUAAAUUGGAAGAAGGUAUCAUUUCACCUGAGACAGCAAGUGCAAAUAGACGGAAGAUCUUGGACGAUAAGACACAAGAUGUGGGAAGGUAUAAUCCAGAAAUGUGGGAUAUUAAGAAUAAUCAUGGGACGUCGCAUAUGGUCGCUACGGAUGCUUCUGGUCUUUCGAUUACAUCAACCUCUACCGUCAAUCUACUUUUCGGUUCUGCCGUUAUGGUUCCUGAGACUGGUAUGUUAUGUUUAACAAUUCCCUUCUCCCAUCUUUGUCAGUUUCAUGAACUGCAAAGUUCAUACGUCUCCCUUCAUCUCCGUUUAAAACAGUUCGAAUCUUGCUGACAAUUUCACAGGAGUGAUUCUCAACAACGAAAUGGAUGAUUUCUCCAUCCCUGGCGUCCCCAACUCUUUCGGUUUCGUUCCUUCCCCUAUGAACUAUGUUCGUCCUGGGUGAGUUUCGGCGGCCAUUCCCAGAUUUAAUCUUCCCGCGUAACCACCAAUGACUAACCAUCAACUCUAGUGCGCGCCCCAUGAGUUCCAUCUCCCCCAUCCACAUCUCUCACCCCAACGGCUCGCACUUCCUCUCCAUCGGCGCAGCCGGCGGAUCGCGAAUCCCCACCUCCACUAUCCAAACCAUCAUCAACAUAAUCGACCACGGUAUGUCGCUCGAAGAAGCAUUAAAGCAACCUAGACUGCACGAUCAAUUACUACCAGAAAGAACAACCGUAGAACCUGGAUAUAGCGAAGAACUACAGGAAGGACUGAGGGAAAGAGGACACAAAGUUACGUGGUCAAGCGGGAGGGAGAGUGCGGUGCAAGGCGUUAGAGUCUGGGGCGAUUUAUCGAUGGAUGACGGGUUAGAAGUUGGAGGAUGGUUGGAGGCGGUAGGAGAACCAAGACAGAAGGGAAGUGGUGGGUCCGGGGUUUGAGAGGUUUAGAACAGGUUAGAUACACCUUUUGCUCAGAGGAAGGUGCGCGAACGCGCCGGUAAAUUGCUAAAUUGCAUACCUCCCUUCACGGCUAACAAUGUAUUGAGCUUAAUGUUAUUAAGUUCAUGGGGAUUAGAACGAACAUUUAGAAUACACAGGGGCGGGGAUAGAAUUUUGGGUUGGAUAUUUGUGGAAGAC